AUGGAAUUUAUUCAAAAUGGAAUUCCAGAAACCAAUUCCACAUCGGUCAAAUGUGUUUGUGCUAUAAAUCCGAAUUGUGCAAGUCAAGCUGUUAUAGUAUCUCCCGGUGCAAACUAUCAAGUGUUUGACAAUCUCACUUAUAACGUAUCCGGUUGGGUUCGAACCUGCCAAACUACUGACUCUCUUUUACUCUCGACACUUGAACAUUUCUAUAUUGAUUCAGAUUCAUUUCCGUUUUUUAUAUACUCUCUGGGGGCUACGUUCAUAAAUUUCGGAAUUUUGUCGCAAUCACCAUUGAAUACUAAACAUAUCGCUUACAAUCCAUCGAUCAGUCGUUUUCCUCCCAAUACACCGAUUUCAAUAAUCGUGAAAGAACUGAUGGUUGAACAAUGGAAUCUUUCUUUAUCGUAUGAAGACUUCUAUAAAGCUUGUGCACCAAUGUAUUGUUCUUAUCCUAAAACAAUUCGCAAGAACUCUUUUAUUGAAGUGAUCGUGGUGAUAGUGUCGAUGAUGGGUGGUAUCGUAGUCUUGUGGCGUAUUUUAACACAUCCUGUUGUCAAAUUCAUCCUAAGAUCCGUGAAGCGAACCUACCGAAAUCCAAGAGAAACAGAACCAGGUAAUAGUGUAUUUGAUCAAAUUCAACAUAGUUGGAGUCUGAUCUAA